AUGCAUAUUCUAUUAUUUGCACUUUGCACAGUGCUGUGCUCUCGGGUGCUCGGUCACCCCUAUGCCUCUGAAACCACACCAUGGAUCUCAGCCACAGCGACGUCCGUUGAUUUAUGGGAAGACCCAGAGCCGAGUGAGGUAGCUCAUCUCUACGGGAGACGUAGAUAUGGCGAGAUUCUUCGGGCCAGAGACACCACUGCGACAACCGAUUCUACUACAUCCACAGAUACCACAACCGAUACAACCACAUCUACGACAUCUACGACCGCAAGUUCCACAUCCUCAACAUCUACCUCUACAUCAUCAACAUCUACAUCUACAACAUCUACAACAUCUACAACCACAUCUGCCAGCUCGACCACCAGUUCGACUACCAGUUCGAGUACCAGUUCAAGUACCAGCAGCUCCUCGGCUACGACCAGCAGCACCUCAUCAACCACAAGUGCAUCAACGACAACUAGCAGCGCUUCGACUACGACAAGUACUACAACUUCAACCGCGAAGAGUAGUGCCGCAGCGGCACUGGACAAAUGGAACCGCAGGGGUAACAUAACAGGAAUUAUAUUUGGCGUUUGUAUGAUCUCGCUGUUUAGCGGCGUCAGUCUGUUUUAUUGUAUACGCCAGAGAGCAAAGACACGACGAAUCGCGGCUCGGAAGCUGUUGCAUUCCACUCCGUCGUACUCGAAGUUACCCCUUGUGACCACGAAAGGAAAAUCCACCACCAACGUUGAGGUUGACCGCUCCUCCAUAAUGUUCACCAGCCAGCCGGAGACGGAAUACUUUCGAGCGCGAAGCGCACCGUCACUUUCAAACUACCACAGCCACACCACCUCCACAACAUCUCGGACUACGGCGUCUACUAGAGAUUACAGACCGCAAGCACACACCAAUGAACAGACUACACCUUCGGUUUGA